AUGUUAGAUAAGUUGAGAACAGAACAGACUAGUCUGCAAACUCUGAAUGAUAAGGGAAUUCAGGAAGGUUUAUUGGAAUCCAGCAAAGGGAGUGAGCCCUUGGCACAUACAGGUGAAAUUGUCUCCCUUAAGGGUCAGCUUGCUAAAGAACAGAGCAGAACAGAGGCACUGUCAGCAGAGGUCUUGCAGCUCUCAGUGAGGCUUCAGCAAGCCACACAAGCGUACAGCAGUCUUGCGCGCCUCUACAAGCCUGUGCUUCGAAAUAUUGAGACCGGUCUUCUGAAGUUGAAGCAAGAUGGCUCUUUGACUGUGCAGUGA